AUGGAUGACACUCAAGUAAACGCUCAACUUGACCAAAUGAAAAAUUUCAUUUUACAAGAAGCACAAGAUAAAGCCAAUGAAAUUAAAACAAAAGCCACUCAAGAAUUCACUUCAGAAAAAGGUAGAAUUUUCCAAAACGAAAAAAUUAAAAUCAUUAAAGAAUAUGAAAAGAAACAAAAAUUAAUUGAAGUACAAAAGAAAAUCAAUCUUUCAAAUGAAUUAAAUAAAUCACGUUUAUCAGUAUUAAAAGUUAGAGAAGAAUGUCUUCGUGAUGUUAUCAAGGAGGCACAAAAGAAACUCGCCACCAUCUCUGAUGACAAAGAUAAAUAUCAAACCAUCUUAAAGAAUUUAAUCUACCAAGGUUUUGUUAAAUUAAAUGAAAACAAGAUUCAAGUUGUUGGUCGUAAAGAAGAUGCUGGUCUCCUUGAAAAAGCCACCACUGAAGCUGCUGCUCAAUACAAAAAGAACGUCGGUAAAUCAAUCGAUGUUUCAGUUGAUAAAGAAAGAUUCUUACCACAAGGUCCAAAAUCUGACUACAACGGUCCAACUUGUUGCGGUGGUGUUAUCUUAUCUGCUCUUGAAGGUAGAAUCAUUUGCAAAAACACUUUAGAUUCUCGUCUUGAAAUUUGCUUUGAUCAACUUACCCCAGUCAUUCGUACUCAAUUAUAUGGUGCCAGUACUAGUCGUAAAUUCUUUGAUUAA